AUUCUUAUCUCUACACCUCACAUCUCCCUCACCAGUCCUUGGUCGCGACUAACCCUUCAUAACAUCGCGACAAUGGAUGAGGACUCAAAAGGUGCGACUCACACUCCUCAUUAUUCGGACGUCCAGCCUCAGUACGCGUUUGAAGUCGAGCAUCAGUCUAUGAUGUCGUUGUCGUCGUCGUCAUCCGCGCCCACCUCCGAGUCCAACUCGGCGGCCAAAGCAAAGAGAAAGAGAACCAGUCCACAAGAUCAUGCUAUCCUCGAAGCUGCCUACCUGAAGAACUCCAAGCCCGACAAAUCUGAACGAGCACAGAUAGUCAGUCAGGUGAACAUGAGUGAAAAGGAGGUCCAGAUAUGGUUCCAAAAUCGUCGCCAAAAUGAUCGUCGACGGUCGAAACCGUUGCAGCCUCACGAGCUCGUCGCGCAUCUACACACUCGUACUGCCAGUCCUAUCCCAUUUCAAGCCAUCCCACCUGCAGUCCGAGACCAAACAUCCCCGUCACUUAUUCGACCCAAACCUUUGCUUGCGCCUUCAGAUGUCAUUCCUCGCCCUGCGUCCAGAGCCUCAAGCAUUCAUGAUCUCCUCAACCCUGCUUCGUCUGCCGAGAGUGACAGCAGCCAAGAGGAGCCCCUGCAUGGUAGUCAAGAGACGGCGGCUCGCUCAACACCUCCAUCAAGCUUCGGAGAGCCAGGGGCUGUCACAGCAAAGAACGCAGCUGACGCAAAUGUUGAGACCCAAGCAUCGAAGAGCGAUGAAAAGGCAGAGAGCACCGACAACGAACAGGGCAGUGCGAGAAAGAGAGGUCAUGAUGAAAUGAUAGGCGAGCGCACUCCAACACCCAACGGAGCCGGGUUAGAGCAGGAAGCACCACCACCACGAGCCAAGGAACCACUCACAAGAUCGUCGAGCAUGAUGCGCUUGUCUAUGACUGUCGAUGGAGCAGUGAAGGUGCGAACCAACAAUGAGCCCACACCUUCCCCAGAGAAACCGCGAGCAGCACCACCACCAGCGACCCAGGCUAAGGUGAAGUCCGGACUCAUGCGCAGCAAAAGUGCCAUGACCAGCGUCGAAAUCUUCCAGGAUCCAGGUCAAGGAGCACAUUCGAAAGCCAGAGAGCCAGGAUUUGGUCGGUCCCGUGAUGCCAGAACUUGGGAGUUCUAUUGUGAUACCAACACCAAAGAUGCCUUGUCGACCCAAGCUGAGGCCGAAACUGCGGGAUCUGCUGUCAGCGCUAUCAACCUCAUCAGAACAAACAGUCUCAAGUCACGCUCUCAAGCACUCAGUCCGUCUCUCACCAAGACUAACAGCCGUGUGGGAAUGGCCUCAAAGGGUGGCAAACCAAAGCUGUCCCGUGCUCAGUCGUCGCUAGGUCGCCUGCAAGGUCUUGAUGCUGGUACACAGUCGUCGGUCAAGAAACCUAAACACGCUGGCCACGCUAGAUCACCUUCUGAUGAUUCUGACAAGGAGAACUGGGCGCCAGGCACUCAUUUAUCUGAACAUCCCCUUCGCAGAACCCAGCCCAGUGCACGCCCGCGACCCAUUCUCCAAGAGAACGAAGAAAUGACCUUCCCAGAUGCCACUUCUUCCCGGAAGCGACGCGAGGCGGAGACCAAUAACCAGCGAUCACCAACCAAAGAGAAGGCGAAAGGUGACGACUUGGACUGUGUCAAGAGUCUGCUGUCCCUUAGCCAAGGAGCUUGGAAUUAGUUGAUCAUGGACCGAUCUGUCACUGUGGUCUUGAUUGGGACAAGAGCCUGUUUUCACUGACCAAAGGAGCAUGAAGUUGGAUAUGAAUCGACCUGUCAUGGUGAUGAAUGAAGAGCAUCAGAACAGCACAGCACACGAAGAAAGAAUCUUGUUUGAAUAGCAUGAUGGAUGAGGCUGCCACGUUUCGAAAGACGAAGAGAUGGGUUUUCCUGAUUGUAAAACAUCUUGGGGUCAGCCACUGUUCUCAGUCAGUGCAGGAAAGAGAGAGAUACUGUACCUAGCGAAACAUAAUGAACAAACAAUGCGAGUUGUAUCAAUUGAGAGUCAGCCUCGCUGGCGCCGAUCGAGGUACAUUUCGUGCUUGAC